AUGGCGUCAGCAGCUAGUUUCAAACGCCUCGUGCGUUUUGUGGCAAAAGACUCUACUCAGAUCCUCAUCGGCCAGCCUGUGAAAGAAGAACUUGAUAUCGGAAUAACUUUACGUCAGGGACAAGAUGUCGUCGUUGAUGUGUUCUCUGGGCUUUCGGUCCUUAACCCGGGAGUUAUGACAGGAAAGACGGAAUCUAUUGGUAGAAUUCUAUCACCUCUGGCUCAACAUGAGGUUGGCACUAUACGCUGUAUUGGAUUGAAUUAUAAUCAGCACGCAAAGGAGGUCGGGAUGGAACCUCCAUCCAUUCCUACCCUUUUUAUGAAACCAAGCACUGCUAUUGGAGAUCCUUGGCCUGCUCAUACCAUACUCCCCCGCUUAACCCAAGUGGAUGAUUGUGGUGAUUUCGAAUCAGAGCUAGCAGUCGUGAUUGGGAAACUGGCCAAGAAUGUUAGUGAAGCAGAAGCCAUGGAUUAUGUUCUAGGAUAUACGGCAGCGAAUGAUGUUUCAAGCCGGACUUCACAGCUAAAUCAAUCCCAAUGGUGUUUUUCAAAGGGAUUUGAUGGCUCAUGUCCCAUCGGCAAGUAUAUCCAACACUACGGCCGUGAGUAUAGCUUACUGACUGCUCGGGUAGGUCCAACAUUGGUAUCAACAUCUAUAAUCCCAGAUCCGGCCAAACUCUGGAUUCGAGGAUUGAAAAAUAACAGAGUGCUCCAGGACUGUGGUAUCAGCGAUUUGAUUUUCAGUGUACCAAAAUUGGUCAGUUUCUUGUCUCAAAGCACGACGCUACUACCUGGUACCGUCAUAAUCACAGGAACGCCAGCUGGGGUUGGCAUGGGAAGGAAGCCAAAGGAGACACUACGUGACGGUGACGAGUUUGCGAUAGAAAUCCUACCGCAUAUCGGGACUUUAGUUAAUGUGUUUGUAAACGAGUGA